AUGACUGCCUCGCCGCGAGCUCGCUCGCAAACCUGCUCGUACUAUCUUCUCCGACGCCCCAAAUACCAAGUGACAGUCGCUUCAUUGAACCUCUGGAAAGCCGAGCGAUUCGCCACUGACUUGCCCCGGGAAGCCAAGUGCAUCUCCCUCAAUCUCAACAACGCGGAGGUUUUAGACAAAGCGGUUUUCAAGCAUGAUUUGAUCAUCUCCCUCGUACCCUACAUGCAUCAUGCCAAAAUCAUCAAUAGCGCCAUUGAGUUCAAGAAGAACGUUGUUACUACAAGCUAUGUCAGUCCUGCUAUGCGAGCGCCUGAUGACCAACCCAAGAAGGCUGGUAUCAUUGGCUUGAACAAGAUUGGCUUGGACUCUGGAAUCAAUCACCUUCAAGCCGUCAAAAUGAUCAAUACUGUCCGCCGGGCUGGUGGUAAAAUUAUCAAAUUCAUCUCAUACUGCUGUGAUCUACCGGCUGAAUGCUCAAAGCAAAUUUUCUUUACGUGGGGUUCUGCUGCUUCUUUCGAACUCAGCUAA